GUAACUUCACCCCCUUUCCCAGCGUGUGUUGUAGCUCGUCUGGGCAGCAGCAUGGCUUCCUCUGCGAAAAGAAGAGCGAUUGGAAGCGGAGAAAAUCCUGAAGACAGCGAUGACAGCUUGGAUGAAGGAUUAGAGGAUUCCUUAGAGGAGAGUGAAAAUUCAGAAGAAGAAAUAAACGAGGAAGUUGUGGUGGAUUUUGAAGCACACACGAUAUCAGACAACGAUUUCAACGGCAUUAAGAAACUGCUGCAACAGCUUUUCCUGAAGGCGCACGUGAACACCUCUGAGCUCACUGACGUCAUCAUCCAGCAAAAUCACAUAGGCAGCGUCAUCAGGCAAGCUGAGGUGCCUGAUGACAGCGAUAAUGAAGAUCCAGACGAAGUGUUUGGGUUUAUCAGUAUUAUAAAUCUGACUGACAGAAAGGGUGUGGAGUGUGUGGAGCAGAUUAAGGAGCUGGUUUUGGGGCAGUGUGAGAGAGUGUGCUCGGCUGCUGUGCAGGAGCAGUUUCAGCAGGUUAUGGAGGACACGUCUCAGAGUGUUGGCUUGCUGCUCAGUGAGCGAUUUAUCAACGUCCCCCCACAGAUCGCCCUGCCACUCUACACACAACUGCUUGAGGAGAUGUCUGAAGCACAGAGGACCAAUAAACCCAGUGGGAAAUGUCACUACUGUCUGAUGAUCAGCAAAACAUGCCAGGAAGCCAAGAAGAGCAUCCCAGCGAGAGGGCCUGCCAAAGAAGCGCCCAUGUUCGUCAACGCAGAGGAGGAGUUCUUUUACGAGCAGGCUGUGGUGAAGUUUCAGUACUCCGUCCAGGAGGAAGCUGAUUCGUGUCACUCAGGACGAUGGUCGUUCGAUGAUGUACCUAUGAAACCCUUCCGGACAGUGUGUCUGAUCCCCAUGGAGAGAAUGCCAGUAAUCAUGGACAAGCUGAAGGACUAUCUCACAGUCUGAACACAACGCAACACGCUUCCUCAUCAGCCUUGUGUCUGAGUCUUUCGUCUCCCUAUAAUAUACCCUUCUUAAAAACUGUGACGGACUACUGUGUGGACACGGCCAGGAUCGACACCUACCAGUGCUCUGUGUCAAAAGAUUAUCCAUCAGGACCUCAAAGUCUGCUGAACAUCUUCAAUUAAACACAUUUUACCAAGA